CCGAGAGGGAGACGGACUUGGGACAGGGCAGAGGCCAUGCAGGAUGCAGAGAAUGCAUGGCAAAGGAGAGAAAGAGAGAGAGAGAGAGAGAGAAGAUGAAGAGGACUGAAGUGCACUGAAGAGGAAAUGGUUCUUUAGACACUGAGGUUUGAAAGGACAUUUACCCUGCCCACCUUCGCGAGGCACCCAUAAUUGGACAUGCGCAGAUUCCAACAGGUCCCAGCGUCAGGAGAGGCAUGUCCAUUCCAGCCCAGCCAGUGGUCAUCGAAACUCAUUGAAACGCAGUCGGCUGUCAGAAAGAGAGCAAACCUUUCGGUUGGACAAGAUGAAUUUGGAACUCUGAGAUAGGUCAAUAGCAGAGGUCGUGUUUUAAAUCAGUUUUAGCCUACAUUAGGUCAUGGUAACGUUAGCAAGCAAAAGUUUACACUAGUCGACAUUUGUUUUCAGACGAUAUACGCUAACCAGAUAGCUAACGUUAACAGUAACGUUAGCUUUCCGUCUGUCCGUUUUAAACUAAUUUGUGUUUUAUUUAUUAAGUGAAGUAGCCAGGUAGACAGUCUCUCUAAGCUUGUGGAAUCCCACGAAACACUACGAGGUAGACCCAAAGUGAUGUCUGAGGGUGCAGCCAGGCCCUCAUCCCCGUCCCCCUCAGUCUCGCUGCUGGAAGUCAAAGCUGAAACUCAACUGGUACUCAGGUCCUUCCUGCGUAAAGCGCUAUCUGUUCCCCCAGCUGAGCGGGCAGGCAGGGUUGGCGGGGCCUACCGCGACACUAAUAAGUACUCUGCCAGCUGUAAAGCGCAGAGGAAGGCAGACGAUGACUGGGACUCGUUGGAUGAGGCCAUCAGCUCCGCUGAGGAGAAGAAACACAGCAUCAAAAACCUCAUCAAGAGACGCCUGCGUCCCCGCACCAUCACACGGCCUGAGGCACAGCACAAAAGCGCCUCGUUGGAGAAGGACAGGAAAACUGUCCAGUCAGAGAAUGGCCCGCCGUCGUCUUUGCCAGAGAUCCUGCAGAACAAGCUAGAGGAAGAUGCAGGCUCCUCGUCUUCCUUUUCCGAGGAUGAAGAGAAGAGGCAGGGCGAGGACGGCAAGAAGAAGAAAAAGACGAAGAGCAAACGCCAAUUCCACUUCUCUUCAAUCUUUAAAAAAUUGAAGGCCAAGAGUGAGGAACCGCAGAGGCCCAGCACACUGGUGUUGUCACCUGACCCCCCGACCUCGUCGGAACAACUCUCACCCUCCCACCCUCCUGAGUUCUAUGUGGACGUGGCCAACACUCUGCAGCGGAUCGCCAGGCAGAGCGUCAAGAAGCCCAAGCCUGUGCCGCCCCCCCUCAAGCUCUCGCCCAUCGAACCUGCAGUUGUAGCCAAUAACAAGAACGAUGUGGUUCAGCAGCUGGUCCAAUUGCUAUGUACAGAAGGUGACGUCAUCAAUGAGAAGAUCAACUCCAACCCGUUCUUGCGCACAUCACUGGACCGCCUGUCGUACCCCUCCUUUGCUAAGCUGCUGGACACGUAUGCCAGUGAAACACUGCCCCCGGCCACGCCCCCGCCGCUCCCCGCCAGCCCCACACUACGCAAGGUAGCCCUCACCAUGGAGGCAUCGCGCCGCGUUCUCACGGCAACAGGUGCCCGUCAGCACCUGAAGGAGCACGCGGAGCGUUACAUGGAGAACUUUGCGCCGUGGGUCAAGAACCAAGGAGGCUGGGGAAACAUUGUGGAGGAGAUCCACGAGUAUGACUGACAGCUGGGAUCCUGAAGAGCUUUUUAGAAUGGACUUUUAUCAUGAACUGUGGAUACUGGCGUCGGCCAUGGAUGCAAUGGAGAAAAAAAAAAAAUGGUCGUAAUGAUCGUGAAGGUUAUUUUCGUUUACCGGGUUUUCAGACGAAGAAGCCAAAUUGUUUCUACUGUGUGGUGCUUUUUAUACUCAUUUUUAAAUGUUUUUAAAGAAAUCAUGAAAACACAAA